UUGUAUGUUGAUGACGUGGUUAUUACCGGCGAUGAUACUUCUGGUAUAUCCGAUCUACAAACCUACCUUCAUCGACACUUUGACAUGAAGAGUCUUGGUCAACUCCGCUAUUUUCUCGGAAUUGAGAUUUCUGACGCUCCAGAUGGCAUAUAUCUAUCUCAGGCAAAAUAUGCAAAUGAUCUCAUAUCUCGUUCAGGUCUGACUGAUAGCCAGAUUGCAUCCACACCUCUCGAGGGCAACUUCCGACUUGCUCUUUUCGAUAGCACUCCACUAGAGGAUCCCUCCCGCUAUCGGCAGUUAGUGGGAUCUCUGAUAUACUUGACAGUCACUCGCCUUUACAUAGCUCAUGUGGUUCAUGUUGUUGCACAGUUCAUGACUAAUCCCCGGCCAGUUCACUAUGUUGUUGUGUUGCACGUCUUUCGUUAUGUCAACGGAACACUCCUACACGGUCUUUAUUUUUCUACUGACUAUCCAUUGGUUCUUGCAGGUUUCUCUAAUACUGAUUGGCCAGGUGAUUCGACUGAUCGUCGCUCUAUCACAGAGUCUGAGUAUCGUGCUCUUGCGGAUUCGACUCCAGAGCUCCUUUGGCUUCAUCGGCUUCUUUAUGAUCUCAGGGUUCCUUAUCCUUUUUCCACUUCCUUCCAUUGUGACAGCACGAGCGCAAUUUAGAUCUCCUAUAAUGAUGUCUUCCACGAGUGCACCAAGUAUAUUGAGAUUGAUUGUCACUUUGUUCGUCCGCAUGUUCAUGCAGGCACUGUUCAUCUAUCUUCUGUCUCUUCCGAUGAUCAGACUGCGGAUAUCUUCACCAAGUCUCUCUUCCCAGGCCGGUUCUCCACAUUGUUGAGCAAACUCAAAUCAAGCCAAAGCGUGGAUAUGGAUAAUAACGUAAAGGACCAAAAAAAUGUUCCUUUUAAGAUUCAGAGACCAUCCUGUUUGCACGAGCUCAAUUCGGCGCUCUUCCCGCCAAUGAUGGCACUGUGAUCGGGAUUCCAUGUUCGUACUUUGCUUGGUCUUCUUGUUCCCGAGUUGGUUUGUUUCAUGUCGAGGCCUUGAGACUGGUGCUUUCUUUGUUUGUCGAUUCCCCUUCUUUGUGCACUCCAGAUGCUCGAAAAAAUGACUCUUCCAAGUCAUGUGCUUAUUUUGACACUUCUGAGCGUUUCA